AUGGUGUUUAAACAUGAAGAGAUGGGUGCACAGAAAGCAUUUGAAAUAAACCACAAAUCACCCAGGACUGCCCCCUCAGAGGUGCGGUUGGUAGGUGGCCUCAAGACCUGGGUUCUGGUCCCUCCCUGGUCCACCUACGUGACCUUAGGCGAGUCAUCAACUCUCCCACUGGCCAUCAACACCACCAAGGUGCGAAGGUCAAUCACGCAUGCUGCAAGACCUCUGCCUGCUCGAAACCGCAUUAAAAAACUAGAGAAGGAUGCCCAGCAGCAUCAGCCCCGGGGGUUCGGCCCUAGAGUGGUGCCACUCCAACAGGCGUUGCCACCGGGAAUCUCCGGACAGCUGCCCGGGCACAGCGCUUCCAGAGCGCGCUCGGGAGGAAGGGAAGGAGGAGGCAGGGGCGCGACUAUACUUCUCGGCGGGGACACCGAGGCGCUCCUCGGGCCUGCGACGGGCGCGCCUCCCUGCCUUUGCCGCCCGACACCGCCGAGGCUGAGGUCCGGAAGACAGUCGGGCCCCGGGAGGCGGACGCCGCCGCGAGCUGGCGCACAGAAUCUUUCAUCAACAUCUUUCAGAGGAUCCUUCCUAUGUGAAGAUGAACACAAGACAGUCGGUGUCCCAAGGCAAGACAUGUUCUCACAGAUUAAUAAGCUGAUGGAAUCACCUGCCUGAAAUGCAUCAAGCUGCAUGGAAUGCUCUGGUGCGGGCUCUCCAGCUGCCUAGAUAACUGUUCUGUCGUGUUUUGAAAAACCUUAGCUCUGCACUCUCAUUUCCUUAUCUGUAUAAUAACUGAAAGAGAUUGGUCUCGCCAGAGUCUAUAAAAUGAACAGUGCAGAUUGUUUCCUUUGAUCUAUAUGGUGGGUUAUGUUGAUUUAACUGAAUGUGUGGCUGACAUUAAAGAAUAAAGAAUUUUCAUGUAAAAAAGCAGAUGUCACCUGUCCUAUCCUUCUGAGCAUUUGAAUUUUGGCCUUCCCUGGCUUAAAGAUCUGGAAGAAGUCUCUAGCCUUUCAUAUCUUGGCUCCUAGAAGAUUCCCAAAGGGCUAUUUGAGACAUAUUUAACACAGAUUUCCUAUUUAUCUAAAAAAAAUUUUUUCAUAUAGGAUGUUUUAUAAUCCUUUACAUUUUUUUUAAAAAAGCAAUUGCUUAACAGGACAAGUCCUCCGAAUCAGUACAAAAGUAUCAAGUGCAUAUACAU